GGUGGCGAUUUGGAGCUGCAAUGUGUAAAAUUACUCCAUUUGUGCAAGGUGUGGUUGUCUGUGCAUCUGUAAAUACCCUCGGUGCUAUAGCAUUGGACAGAUAUCUGGCGAUUUGUUUCACCAUGGAAUACACGAUUACGAGAAGAAUUGCUAAAUUUAUUAUCCUUUGGAUAUGGGUGUUCUCGGUGUGUCUUAUGACUCCAUGGGCGAUAUUUUAUAGACAGACGACAUAUAGUAAAACGCCUGUCCAAACAUUGUUCAUAUGCACACAACAUUGGCCGGAACAAUACCAAGAAAGACAUUAUUUUCUAGGUGCGAUAUUUCUUGGGUGUUACGCUAUUCCCCUUGUUCUUAUAGCAGCGUUCUACACUUUAAUCGCUAUAAGAGUAUGGACUCGAGAUGCUCCAGGAAUCUCAAAAUGUUCAGGGAUCAUUUACGAAUCAAAAAUGAAAGUACUGAAAAUGUUAUUUGCUGUAGUGCUUGUAUUCACUCUAUCAUGGUUGCCAUUGUAUACAAUACAGCUAUAUUUCUAUUAUGGGGAGACUAUGCCCCCUGCACUAAAGCAUACCAUGCAUACAAUCGUGUUUCCUAUAGUGCAGUGGCUAGGGUCAUCUAACACAAGCGUUAAUCCAAUCAUAUAUUGCAUGUAUUCCAAAAAAUAUAGAAAGGGCUUUAAGAAAGUUAUGAAGUUAUAUUGUUUGAAGAAAAACAACCACGAAACGCAUGAUAGUCCGAUUUUCAAUUACUCCAGUACUCAUAUAAAUCACCGGGUGCUCAACAGAACUACGAUCAAGAGAGUUAGCACCAUGAAGACAUGCAGUUUCAAACGCUUUAGCACAUUCAAGAAAAAUGGAGAGGCUAAUGCAAAACCUGAACAUGUUUGA